CUGUGAUGGCUGGUGUGGCAGGCAUAUGUAUGGGGCUAAUGGUGGAGAAGCUGGGUAGCAUCUUCCACGUUGCCAGCAGCAUCGUGUCUGCCGUGGGAGGCCCAGUUACUGGUCUAUUUUUUACAGGAGUCUGUGCACCGUGGGUCAAUGCAAAGGGAGCUGUGGUGGGGUUCGUACUGUCGUUCAUCUUCAGUGUUUGGGUAGUUAUUGGUAAAUUUGUGCGAGGAGGGGGGUCGCCUCCCCGCCUGCCACUGUCUACUGAGGGCUGCCCGGAGGACCUUGCCCUCUUCCUUAACGCCACCGUCACCGGCCUCGUCAACAAUACCACUCGUCUUGCUGAUACUAUGUUGACGACCACCGUUCUGCCUGAUGCUGUGCCGGCCAACACCACAGCUGUCGAUGGAACUCAAUCUAACACUAUCUACGAGAUCUCCUACUGCUACACGGGCAUAAUUGCUGUGGCGCUGACAUUUAUAAUCAGCUCUCUCAUCUCUCUGUUGACAGGUCCUAACAGCCCUGAGGAUGUGAGUAAGGGAGUGGUGAGUCCGGCAUGUGCCAGAGCCUACAAGCGUGUGUGGGAGAGUGUGAAGGGUCGCCCCACUUACACAGUCACCCAAGACAUUAUCAACGAGGAGGAGGAGGCGUUUAAGAUGUUGCCCAGACAUAACACAGAUAACCUCAACACUUCCUCUUAG